AUGGAGGCCGACUGGGAUGAGCUGUCGCGCAUCCAGAUGCCACCGCCCACUCCGCAUGGCAUGCCUACGAAUGCGACGGCGGUGGCCUUCGACGACGUGAUGGAAUUGCUCUGGACGGGGAACGAAUAUGGCCGCCUCGCCUCGUUCUAUGGUCCGGAUCUCCAGCGGUACACGUCUGUCCGAGCCCACCCUGUCGCCGAAGGCAUGAUCAGACAGAUAAUCUUUCAUGAGCGUGGAGUCAUCUCACUCUCUUCGAAGAGUGUGCAUAUGAUCAAUCGGCGAGGUUUAACUCAGUGGCAUCUUGCGCAUGAGGAGAUGGAGGAUCUGCGCUGUAUGAGCUUCACGGCCCAGACUAAUCGAAUUCUGGUAGCGGGUUGUCAGCGACAGAUGUUCACAGUCGAUAUUGAUAAGGGAUCAAUAGUUGACAAGCUUCCUACUGAUCACAACUACACUCUCAUGAAAAAGAGUCGGUAUCUCUGCGCAGCGACGGACACUGGGGCUGUCAACGCCCUUAGCCUCACCGAUUUCAGCGUGGUCAAGUCCUGGAAAGCACAUGGAACUGCAAUCAAUGAUAUGGAUGCGCGGAAUGAUCUCCUAGUGACCUGUGGUUUUUCACUGCGUCAGGCAGCAGGUGCUCCGAUCGUUGACCCCCUUGCCAACGUAUAUGAUCUUAAAACACUUACCCCGCUUCCCCCAAUUCCAUUCCACGCCGGAGCUGCGUAUGUUCGCAUGCACCCCAAAUUGCACACAACAAGUUUUGUGGCAUCCCAGACCGGUCAGCUUCAGGUGGUCGACUUGAUGAAUCCCAAUUCCGUCAAUUUGCGCCAAGCAAACGUGAGUUUGAUGUUGGGACUGGAACUCUCUCCCUCCGGUGAGGCGUUGGCGAUCAACGACGCCGAGUGUUCUAUUCACAUCUGGGGUUCACCUAGCAAGAUUCACUUCAAUGAGAUGAGUAAGGAGACGGAGUUUGCUGAUGUUCCUACAAGACCGCCACCAAUAGAGUGGACGUCCGAGACUCCCCUCAACAUUAUCGGAAUGCCAUACUACCACGAUCGUCUGUUCUCAGCUUGGCCCAGUCAUCUUGUCUUUGAAGUUGGCAGCCCUCCUGCCCCGUUGGAUCAGUCCAUGCUUCCUUACGCCCGCCCUGCCGAGGUUGGCCAUGCUUACCCCAAUCCUCAUAAGACACGUCGGUACCAAGUCGAGAACACACGUGCGCUGACGAAUGCGGAGCCGGCUUUGAUUGCACCCAAAUUCCUAAGUGAGAAGGCCAGGGACCAGAGCAAGUCGAAAUCCGAGAGUCCAGUCAUCGAUGCGGCUGAGGCUCUCGCAGGAGCUAAAAUCAAUGGCGAAAGUCAUGACGACCCGCUUCUGAAAUAUAGCAAUGUGGAAAUCAAGUACAGCCGAUUCGGCGUUGAUGAUUUUGAUUUCAAAUUUUACAACAAAACUCGAUUUUCUGGACUUGAAACUCACAUUGCCAACUCCUUUACCAAUUCCCUCCUGCAGCUUUUCAAGUUCAUUCCCCUUUUCCGCAAUUUGGCCUUGAAUCACGCCGCUGGGUCAUGUAUUUUUGAACAUUGUCUUCUUUGCGAGCUGGGCUACCUAUUCGAUAUGCUGGAGAAGGCUAAUGGUCAAAAUUGCCAGGCGACAAACCUACUGAAAACAUUCAGUAGCUUUCGAGAGGCCUCGAACCUAGGUCUUCUGGAGGAGAACUUAACGAACAAGUCUCUUUCGACCGCCAUACAGGCCGUGAAUCGCUUCUUCCUUACCCAAAUUGCGAAUGACUUCCGUAUGAUCCAGCCCAGUACGGAAGAACUCGAUCACCGCCUGGCAACCAUUGCUUCUGAAUCAAUCCGCUGUAUGUUUUGUCACAGCGAGACCGUACGACCAGGCAACUCUCUUGCGAACGAGCUGCUCUAUCCUAACAUGGAUAUGAAGCAUGCCCGUCGCAACCCAGCCUUCCGUUUCUCCAACAUCUUGCGUGCCAGUAUCGAGCGCGAGACGCAAAACCGAGGCUGGUGCAACUACUGCCGUCGCUACCAACAAGUCACGAUUCGAAAGACUGUUCACCGAAUGCCUCUUAUUCUGGUGCUCAAUGCCGCCUUGACCAACCCUAUUUGCCGCCGCCUGUGGGCUAUUCCUGGAUGGUUGCCUGACGCAGUCGGCAUCAUCAUCACAGAUGGACAGGUCAUGUGCUUCGAGGGCGAUGAACUCCGCUUGCAUAUGCAAAAUAAUACCCCCGGUCUUGUUGUUUACGAUCUUGUCGGACUGGUGGCCGAGAUUGAGAUUGCUGAGCACCAGAAGCCGCAUCUGGUGUCUUUCAUCAACGUGUCCAUCUCCGAACCCGAGCCUCAGGAACAGAACCAGUGGCAUUUGUUCAACGAUUUCCUGGUUACCGAAGUCGAUCGGGAUGAGGCGUUGCGAUUCACGACAAACUGGAAAAACCCUUGUGUCUUAGCUUUCCAGGUACGAGAUGCACGCCAUGCGGUGGAUAACUCGUGGAAGGAUUCAUUGGAUACCGCCUUACUAUUCCGCGAGUGGUCUUUGAAUGGCGGCCGCCAAGUCGACUCAUGUCAAACCCUUAUGAACGAGGAGAGGCCACGGCCAGGCGUCCCGGUCGCAUUGGAUACGGAGUUUGUUGAUCUGGAAAAGGCUGAAAUUGAUGUCAAGGCCGAUGGAUCCCAAGAAAUCGUACGACCCAACAAAAGUGGCCUUGCCCGAGUGUCUGUUCUGCGCGGCAAUGGUGAAAAGGAGGGUGUACCUUUUAUCGACGACUACAUUACUAUUCGUGAACCAAUUGUCGACUACGUUACGCAGUACUCAGGGAUCAAGCCUGGAGACUUGGACCCACGUACUAGUGAACAUAAUUUGGUUCCUCUCAAGGUAGCCUACAAGAAGCUGUGGUUGCUUUUGAAUCUGGGAUGUGUCUUCGUUGGCCAUGGAUUGGCCUCUGAUUUUCGGAAAAUUAACAUUCAGGUGCCUAAAUCGCAGACUGUCGACACACAGUGGCUGUUCUUCCACCCAGGCAACCAGCGAUGUCUAAGCCUCCGGUAUCUUGCAUGGGCAGUGUUCAAAGAGUACAUCCAGGAAGAGCCCACAUCUGAGACCAUCCACGGCCAUGACUCUAUCGAAGAUGCUCGCAUGGCCUUGCGUCUGUGGAAGAAAUACCAAGAGUACGAAGACGCGGGUAUCGUAAACCAGAUGCUCGAAGAAAUUUUCCGUGAAGGCGCCAAGUUGAACUUCCGACCUCCGCCCAAGAACGGCACAGCAACCGUCCUCUCUCGGCCCGGAACGGCUGUGACGAUGCAAAACCCUAGCGGCCGCAACACUCCCAGCACCCCAGAGGCGGGUGCAGCUACCGUAGCCGCCGGGGCAGCUUCCAACGCCGCUCCGACCAGUGCCCCCACAACCCCGCGCCAGGCCUUCCGUCGCUCGAUCGCCCUCACCCCCAGCAAUGGUAGCUUUUCUGGGCCCAGCCCUGGUGACAUCUUUGGUGGAAGCCCUCUGCGAUAG